CGAACACCUCACUACCACGUAUCGACUUUGCGUUACAGCUGGUUACAGCCAGCAGAGAACUGUCAUCGAAUAAAUGGACGGAAAAACCAAUUCUGCAAAUAAUUCCUCGGCCUAUCGCCGCGCCAACUUAAAAAUUGCACCUGGCGCAGUAGUAUGCGAGGAAAGCAUUCUGAAGGGGGAUAUUUCCAUUGGUGCGAAAACCAUAAUCCAUCCUCGAGCAUGUAUUCUAGCGGAGGCUGGGCCGAUCAUCAUAGGGGAGGGCAAUAUAAUCGAAGAGAUGGCGACUAUCGCCAACAGAUUGCCACCAGGUGAGCCAGAGCCCGCAACGGUGCCAGUGCAGAUAAUAGGGAACUAUAACGUCUUCGAGACUGAUUGCACUUGCGAAUCGUAUAAAGUCGGCGAUAACAACAUCUUGGAAGCGAAAGCACACGUUGCCCGCGAAAUCGAAUUGACAAACGGAUGCGUAAUUGGAGCCGCAUGCUCGCUGACGGAGCAAGAAACGAUACCGGAGAACACGGUGGUGUACGGGAGUCAGUGUCAACGUCGGGAGAUGAACGACAAGCCAUAUCCUCAGAUCGGACAGUUGGAUUUUCUGCUGAAGGUGCUCCCCAACUAUCAUCACUUUCGUAAGUCGAAUAUAAAGCCGAAAGUCCCACCCACCACUUGAUUAAUUAUGAUGAUAAAAAGAAAAGGUCGUUAUAAUUUUUUGCAUCGAUUGUAUUAUUUAUGCUAAACUUUAUGCCUGCAAGUAUUUAACAGUAGCGUAUGUAUAUUCAGUUGUAAGUAGUACAUACAUUUUGUGAUAAAUGUUAAUUAUAGGAAACUUUAAAUACAAACAUUUUGACAAAUUUUGAAGAAAAUUAUUAAAUAUUAUGUUAUAUUGUACAUAUAUUGCAUAAUUAUGUAAUAAAACUUAUUAAUUUCUAUAUUUUUAUGAUUAAAGUUGAAUUAAGAGAUGAACAAAGUGUCAAUAAACCAGAAGAGUUCAUGCACAAA